CUUCACCAUAAAACAAAACAACCCUUCCACAUUCAACAAUGGCCUCCCUUCAGCAGCCACACCACCAUUUCUCCUCAACCCCAAACUAAACCCAACAUGGGUGCCUAGCCAUACCUCUCAUCAAGCUCCACAACAGCUACCCACUAAUACUUUCUUUGUUAAAUAACAGGGUUGGGGGUUUCAAUCCGGUGAUGCUCGGAUUUCUCUGUGCGCGCCGGAAAACUUGGAUUCUCAGCUCCCUCUCGACUUUCUCCCACGGCCCCGCCGUGAUUCACCAGUCCCGGAUCGUCCAAACCCACCUGAUUCCGCACCAGAGCUUUUCCGGCGACACUCGCGGCCGCCACUAUCACAACCUCGCCUGCCAGCUAGGCUCAGCAUGCGGCGGCGGCGGCUCCGCGGCGUCCAUAUGGCACGCGAUUCUCCCCUCCAAGGGGCUUUGGCGGCGGCGGGAUCUCCGUCGUCCUGCGAUUCAUUACGAGCUUAAGGGCGAGGGGUCGUGGAAUGCUGCUCUCGAUGCUCGCCCGGCUCGCUGGCUUCACCGGCCGGAUUCGGCUUGGUUGCUUUUCGGAGUUUGCAACUGCCUGGCGCCGAUAGACUGGAGUAGUAUAACUAACUCAACCACCGAAGAUGAGCCGUCGUCCGACAACAACAGAAGUGAAGCCAGUGAUUCGAAAUCCGCGGUUAGUUCUAAUGAGAACGUGGAGAAGUCCUCUGCUUAUAGAGUUACAGGAGUGCUAGCCGAUGGUCGGUGUCUCUUCAGAGCGAUAGCACAUGUGGCUUGCUUGAGAAAUGGAGAGGAACCUCCUGAUGAAAACCGUCAGCGAGAGCUCGCUGAUGAAUUAAGAGCUCAGGUCGUCGAUGAGCUUUUAAAGAGGCGGGAGGAAUCUGAAUGGUACAUUGAAGGCAAUUUUGAUACAUAUGUGGAAAGAAUUCAACAACCUUAUGUUUGGGGAGGAGAACCUGAAUUGCUUAUGGCUUCUCAUGUUAAAAAGACACCAAUAUCAGUCUACAUGGUAGAUAGAAGCUCGGGUGGUUUGGUAAACAUAGCAAAAUAUGGUGAAGAGUAUGGGAAAGAAAAAGAGAAACCAAUUAAUGUUCUUUUUCAUGGUUAUGGUCAUUAUGACAUCUUGGAGUCUUUCACAGAACAGAGUGUGCAGAAAGCAAGCUUGUAGAUGGAUAUGUUUUAUAGAAUAAAACUCAUCACAUUAUUGUAGAAAGAGUUCACAAUUUAUGUGAUGGAAGUAGUUUGAUCAAUCAGGAACACAUGUCAAGGUAGAUAGACUGAAGGCAGUGAAGGCUAGUCUAGCAUCUGCUGCCUGCGGAUGAGAAGUUAAUUAGCGAGAUCAGUUAUAAGUUUGAAUAAAGCCAGUUCUUCAUAUUCUGGGAUCAAUUUUGUAGGUUAUUGAUUCAUGUUUCAAUCCAUGCACACAUUUAUUCUAAAACUUUUAGCUUUGUGGUGUUGUAGUUGGUUCACACAUUCUACUAAUGGUUAGCAAUGUUUCGUAAUCUCAUAUAGUUCAAUAAUAUGGAAUCCCGUUUUCGACUG